UAAGGAUAUUUUGGUAAUUAACCACUUUGUUCUCCACUUGCCGUCGUUAGUAGUUCGCUCCAAAGUCCUCAAAUAACCAAACUCCGAUAGCGACAUCGUCGACUUUAACCCAACAGAGAACAAUAAAAUCGAGGGACAUUUUCGGAAUUUCACAAAUACAUACCGGUGUAAUCAAUCGCCGGUAAUUCUCCGAUGAAACUCCGGUGAAAAAAACCCGCGAAAGCAAUGUCGGCCGGCGGGGAUCACGGUGUUUUGUUACGUUCAAAUUCAUCGGCAUCGGAAGGAGAUUUGGAGAGCCAGUCAUCGCCGAGGAGAAAGAGUAAUAAUAGAAGUAUUAAGGAUUUAAUAAAACGAUUAGAUCGAGGGUUUUCGGGUCGCCGAUCAUCAUCGUCGCUUUCGCCGAUUAAUCGGCGUGGUGUUUCGAAUACGAAUACGGAUGAAAUUGAAAUUCUAGGUGAUAGUGCUCCGCCGGAAUGGGCGAUGUUGCUUGUUGGAUGUCUACUUGGUGUUGCUACUGGGCUUUGUGUUGCUGCGUUUAAUCGCGGGGUGCACGUAAUACACGAGUGGGCAUGGGCUGGUACUCCUAAUGAUGGUGCUGCUUGGCUUCGUUUGCAAAGGCUAGCUGAUACUUGGCAUCGGAUACUUUUAAUACCAGUUUUUGGUGGAGUCAUUGUUGGCGUGUUGCAUGGUCUCCUCGAUAUAUUGGACCAAAUAACACAGACCAGCUCUUCUCAGGCACAAGGAUUUGAUUUGAUUGCUGGAAUCUUCCCUACAGUGAAGGCCACUCAAGCUGCUAUAACUCUGGCUACUGGUUGUUCCUUGGGUCCUGAAGGCCCUAGUGUGGAUAUAGGGAAGUCAUGUGCCUGUGGAUGCUCAGUGAUGAUGGAAAUCAACCGGGAAAGAAGAAUAGCUCUCAUUGCAGCUGGUGCAGCUGCUGGAAUUUCUGCAGGUUUCAAUGCAGCAGUAGCUGGCUCUUUCUUUGCAAUUGAAACAGUUUUAAGACCACUCCGUGCCGAAAAUUCACCCCCUUUUACCACUGCCAUGAUCAUAUUGGCUUCUGUUAUAUCAUCAACUGUAUCAAAUGCAGUACUUGGGGAGAAACAGGCUUUCACAGUGCCCACGUAUGAUAUGAAAUCUGCUGCUGAGCUUCCAUUGUAUCUGAUACUGGGGAUGCUGUGUGGAGUAGUAAGUGUUGUUUUCACUCGAUUGGUGUCCUGGUUCACCAAGGGGUUUCAGUUCCUCAAGGAAAAGUUUGGACUUUCUGAUGUUGUCUGCCCUGCUUUGGGGGGUUUAGGAGCUGGUGUAAUAGCUCUGAGAUAUCCUGGUAUUCUCUAUUGGGGUUUCACUAAUGUUGAUGAAAUCCUACAUACUGGCAAAACUGCAUCUGCACCUGGAAUUGGAUUGCUAGCUCAAUUAGUUGCUGCGAAAGUCGUGGCCACUGCUUUAUGCAAAGGGUCUGGCCUUGUUGGUGGACUGUAUGCACCAAGUUUAAUGAUAGGUGCUGCUGUAGGUGCUGUAUUUGGAGGGUUAGCUGGGGAACUAAUUAAUUCAGCUAUUCCAGGGAAUGCUGCUAUUGCUCAGCCACAGGCAUAUGCACUGGUGGGGAUGGCUGCUACACUAGCUUCAAAUUGCUCAGUGCCUUUGACUUCAGUGCUUUUAUUGUUUGAAUUGACAAAAGAUUAUAGAAUUUUGCUUCCUCUCAUGGGUGCUGUUGGACUGGCUAUAUGGGUGCCUUCCGUUACAGACCAGCCGAAAGAAGCAGAUUCAUCAGAAGCUGAGGUUGCAUCAAAAGGUUACUCUAUUCUUUCACCAGCUGAUGAGAAAAAUGAAGGGGAUAUUUCGAGUCAAUCUGGUGAGAGAAAUAACUUGGAACUAAUGGCGAUUAGGAGUCAUAACAGUCAUGAAUCAUUUGAUGAAGGUCUUGUUCUGGAAGAUCUAAAGGUUGCUCAGGCCAUGUCGAAUGAUUAUCUGAAGGUCUCUCGGAGCCAAACUGUGAAAGAAGCAUUAGAAUGCAUGCAUGACGGCCGACAGAGUUGCGUUCUUGUUGUUGAUGCUGAAGGUUACUUGGAAGGAAUUUUAACAUAUGGUGACAUCAAAAGGAGUUUGUUUAAGAACCAUGGGGAUUCUUCCAACAAAGAUUUAUCGGUCAUAGAUGCAAAUACUUGUCUUGUGUCCUCUAUAUGCACAAGAGGGAUAAGCUAUCGUGGCCAAAAUUGUGGACUCUUAACUUGUUAUCCUGAUAUGGAUCUAGCUAUUGCGAAGCAGCUAAUGGAGGCCAAAGGAAUUAAACAAUUGCCUGUGGUCAAGCGCGGCGUAGAAUUCAGAAGAGAAAGAAAGCGCAGAAUUAUUGCUCUUCUGCAUUAUGAUUCAGUAGAGGAGUCCAUCAGGGGUGAAGUUAGUCGCCGAAAGUCAGUCUACCAGCAGAGUGAAGAAGAAAAUGACAAGCAGAUCACAACGAAUGGCCAUUAACUGCUCAAGGCAUUGAAUAGCAAGAUUCAACAAGACAUUUGUGUUUGUUCUAAUUUGGCAUCAGGUUGGUAUAUGCAACUUUGCGGCCUGUCCUUCUUUAAUCUGAGACUAGGAAGCAAGCGUCAACAAGAAAUUUACGAUGUUAAUUGGACAUCAGUAGUUAGUAUCCAAUUUACUGUAUAUUCUUAACUUAACAUGCAUGCAGAAAUUGAGGUUCUUUCCUGUUUGUUCUGCACCAGGCUGCCUACAGACCCCGAGCCAUAGUAGCAUAAAUUUACGUUGAUAGUUUUGGUUGUACUUAUCGGAAAGGCAGUUACCAGUGUAAAUUUGACAUUUUGUACAUGAAAACAUAUAGAUGGUAGAUCAGGACACAUCCGAAUGCGAAAUCGGCAUGGUUUAUUGACGAAUAUAUAUAUAUAUGCUAAAAUUGAGAGGCAAACUUAUUGCUGCCAGUUGAAAUUCUA